AGGAGCGCUGCACCUCUCAAUUUGACUGGUGCUUGUGAAGGGAUUUUUUUCCUUCUCUCCUCCCCCCCCCUCCCUUUUCCUGUGUUUUUAUCUCCCUUUCUCUUCUCUCUUUUCUCGCGCCUAGCCGUGGCUCCCUCUCAUUUUCUCAGUCUUUUUUUUUCUUUUCCUUUUCAUUUUUCCUCUCCUUUCUCCGGCUGACUCGCAACAAAGGCUGACGGAGUAAGCCUGACGUUUUGAGUGAAUAGCCCAAACCCGGCGUGAAGGGAGAGGAGAGAGAAACGGAGACGGAGAGCGAGCGAGCGAGCGAGAGAGAGAGAGAGCGACGGAGAGAGAAGUGGAGAGAGAGCAGUGGAAACGAGAUCUAAGUCGGCUGGAGAAGAGGAGAGAACGGAGAUAGAGAAAGCAAAGAAGUGGCAAGUGGUGAUUUCCGGCUGAAGACGAAUAGGGAGCGUACCCCCCCCUCCCCACCCCCCCUUCGGAGAUAAAAGGAGUUGUUGCAACCAUCACCGCCACCCCUGCGGGGUGACGAUCAUAGCGCUUGCUUCCCCCCCUGCACCUCCCCUACCCCUUUACCCCCCCCUGCCCCCACCUCUGCCACCGUCCAUUUUGCCGUCAAGGGUGCCAAUGUCCUAGAAAGAAAAAGGGGGAAAAAAUGGAGCUUCUGGGGGUAAGGUGAAGGAGGAAGACAACAUUUUGGAGGACGACCAAACGUGGAAAAAUAGAAGAGGGAGGAAGAAAAGAGGGACUGCAGGGGAGAGAAAGGACUCCGCGGUUGGUGGAGAAGACUGAGAGGAGAACCCCAGGACAAUCCUGUGAGAAUCAACCAACAUAUUUUUUUUCUUUUCUUUUUUUUGUGGACCGCUCUGCCACUUCCUGGCCUUUGCCAUGAGCAGCUCCUAAUUUCAAGAAUGUGGAGACAACAUUUUCCAGGUAUUCGACCCCAGAUCAUGAACGGGCCCAUGCACCCGCGCCCCCUGGUGGCGCUUCUGGAUGGGCGCGACUGCACUGUGGAGAUGCCCAUUCUCAAAGAUCUGGCCACCGUGGCUUUCUGCGAUGCCCAAUCCACACAGGAGAUCCACGAGAAGGUGCUGAAUGAGGCGGUGGGGGCCAUGAUGUACCACACCAUCACUCUCACCAGAGAAGACCUGGAGAAGUUCAAGGCCUUACGCAUCAUCAUCCGUAUCGGCAGCGGCUAUGACAACAUUGACAUCAAGGCCGCUGGGGAACUAGGCAUUGCGGUGUGUAACAUCCCCUCAGCAGCUGUAGAAGAAACGGCAGACUCGACGCUUUGUCACAUUCUCAACUUGUACCGGCGAAACACCUGGCUCUACCAGGCUCUCCGGGAGGGCACCCGGGUCCAGAGCGUGGAGCAGAUCCGCGAGGUGGCGUCGGGAGCGGCCAGGAUCCGGGGCGAGACGCUUGGGCUCAUCGGCUUUGGUCGUUCGGGCCAGGCAGUCGCAGUGCGAGCCAAAGUGUUUGGCUUCAAUGUCAUCUUCUAUGACCCCUACCUGCAGGACGGCCUGGAGCGCUCGUUGGGCGUCCAGCGUGUCUACACCCUCCAGGACCUGCUGUACCAGAGUGACUGCGUCUCCCUCCACUGCAACCUGAAUGAACACAACCAUCACCUCAUCAAUGACUUCACUAUCAAACAGAUGCGUCAGGGUGCUUUCCUGGUCAACUCGGCAAGGGGGGGCCUAGUGGAUGAGAAAGCCCUGGCUCAGGCCCUGAAGGAGGGCAGAAUACGGGGGGCUGCCCUGGAUGUCCAUGAAUCAGAACCCUUCAGUUUUGCCCAGGGUCCCCUGAAGGAUGCCCCAAACUUGAUCUGUACACCCCACACCGCCUGGUACAGUGAACAGGCCUCAUUGGAGAUGAGAGAGGCUGCUGCCACCGAAAUACGCCGAGCCAUCACAGGUCGUAUCCCCGACAGUCUACGAAACUGCGUCAAUAAGGAGUUCUUUGUCACCACGGCACCCUGGGGAAUGAUGGAGCAGCAGCCGCCUCAAGUUCACCCUGAGCUCAAUGGCGCCGCCUACAGGUACCCCCCUGGUAUGGUGGGCGUAGCUCCUGGUGGGAUCUCUGGGCCAAUGGAAGGGAUGGUGCCUGGGGGUUUACCCAUCAACCACAUUCUGCCCUCUGGUACCCAUCCCUCUCAGGCCCCCUCCCCAAAUCAACCCUCAAAACAUGGCGACCCCAUGAGAGAGCACAUGACCGAGCCAUAGGACUGCUGAAGUCGAAGUUAAUGGGCUAAUCCCCAUUGAAUACUAUAACCAACAAACAACCCACAUGACCAUUAAAACGAAAUACUUGACCUAGCCACCUGAACUUACCAGCAGACUGCCCGCCAGCCAAUCUUUCACGUGUGUUUUUGUAUGAAACAACCAAACUCAAGUGAGGACAGUGGAUAUUACACAUGAGCACUGCCACUUUAAGGCUGGAACUGACCAUCAAUUACAUGCUCUGAACAACUGAAUUAUUUUUUUUUCUGUUCACGUCUUGAUUGUCUUUGGCUCAAGUGUUAUUCUUUUUUUUUGUUUUUUGUAUUAAGAUGUUUUGCCAGGAGAUUCCUUCCGAGUUCUGGGACAUGUUGACGAUACCACAUGCAGGACAGAUGUCCCGCCCCUCCUUCUCUGGCUUAUCGGGCCAGAGGAGAGCUUGGAAAGAUAAUGACUUCAUAUGUUGCAGGACAAGCCUCCUUUUCCCCAUCCUCACUUUUUAAUUUUGGAUCAAAUGUGUCCGUGUUGUUAUUACUAUUUUUUCCCCCUCCGAUUUCUUCAGUCCAUCUUAUUUUCCGUGUCCCUCUUGCAAGUGUAUAAUAUCUCUUUCUGUUCUUCGGUGUGAGUAAUAAAUGAAUUUAAGGUUGCGUGUAUACUUGUCAGACAGCUAGGAAAAGUUAGCUCACCAGUGGCAUUGGCAAUUUCCGUAGAAAUCUGCACCCCCCCCAUCUUCACCCCGCCUUUCACCGUACUACUGGGUGGUUGCCCCUGAAUGUAGAGAAAGGAUGCAGGAUACAGGGCGACAACUGGGGGUUUCCAGUUGCAGGCGUAGGAGUAUUCUGGCCUAUGAGAGAAGUUGCCCAUAUAAACCAAAAUGAAAAAUAAAUAAAUAAAUAAAUAAAAAUCAGUAAGUGGGAAUGAGGACUGCUGGUAGUAGUUAGUUUUAUAUUGUAUGUUGACUGAUACAUCACCUCAAGUAAAUUUUGCUGUCGUGAUUUAUCAAAAUAUUGAAUUGAUCUGAAGCGGCUAUAGCAGGUUAUCACCAUGACGACACGUGUCUAAAAUGUGAUGUUUCCACGUCAGAAGGACCAUGCACUGUAGCAGCACCAGCUAGACAGUCAAUCAGACAGGAGAUGGUUUGGGGAAAAACAAAAAACAGAUUGCUUACUGACUCAGGAAAAAAAAAGGGAAAAAAAAACGCUAAAUGUAUCUUUUCCCCCCCAGAAUCAGAACAGGAAACAAAUAAUAAUAAUUUAAAAAAAAAAGUCUGGAAUUUUACUUUUCACGUCUCCCUCCUUUUCUCCGUUGUGGUAUUUUUAUAUAUCAAAAGGUAUGUUUUGGUGUUCAAGGUUUUGCAGUCUUACUAGAUUUGUAUUGCCUUGUUAAAUGUUCUUAUAAACAUAGUCUUAUGUGAUCCGCCCUGUCUUAAUAGUUUCCUCUUUGUUUUCUUCUCUUAAUAAAAGACGUUCAGCUGGAGAUGUGCAACAACAUCACCUGUCCCUCUAGCAGCUGUGAUGCUAGCAAGAGAAGGCUGCUAGCAGAUUGUCUUUUUUUGGUUUUGUUGUUUUUGUUUUUUUUUUGGGUUCUUUUGUUGUUUUUUUGUUUUUUUUUUAAAGUGUAAGUAUUUGUAUUCGUUUCUUGUAAAAGGUGAACUUAUAGCAUACAGUGCAGUUCAAACAAUAAAUAAAACAUACUGCUCUAAUAAUAAUCCUCUCUGGGAAAUUUGUGGGACGCUGGUUGUGCUUCACCUUCAACUGUUGUAAAAUGUCUAAAACGAGGGUUUUGCAUGACGCACGGUUGUUUAAGUGGAAAAACAUCUCUUUAAUAUGGAGCAGAAUGCAGACUUAGUAGUUGGACAUUCAAAAAGGUCUUUCAUAUGUAUAAGAAAGCCACUUUAUUUUGUCAUUGUACAGGUUACAAUCUAUUUGUUCUCUGCAUUUAACCCAUCCUAUUGUAUAGGAGCAGUGAGCAGCUGCAGCGCCUGGUGACCAACACCAGUUCUUCUUUCCAUUGCCUUGCUCAGGGGCACAGACAGGAGUAUUAACCCUAACAUGCAUGUCUUUUUGAUGGUGGGAGGAAACCAGAGCACCCGGAGGAAACCCACUCAGACACGGGGAGAACAUACGAGCUUCACACAGAGGACGGCCCGGAAUGACCCCCCAAGGUUGGACAACCCCGGGGUUUGAACCAAGGACCUUUUUGCUGUGAGGCGACCGCGCUAACCACUGUGCCACCAUAUAUAAAAUCUAGUGAGUCAUGUAAAUUCUUUGAGCCAGUACAAGCCUGUUUUAUGCCAUAAGCAAUCUACAGCUGUCAUAUAUAUAUAUAUAUAUAUAUAUAUAUAUAUAUAUAUAUAUAUAUAUAUCAGUGUUGUAGUACUCGAGUCCAGGACUUUCAGGACUUGGACUUGAGCACUGAUGACUCAGACUCGAACACUGGGGACUUGAGACUCGACUCGGGACUCGAUGUUUAGUGACUCGACUACAACACUGGUGUGUGUGUGCACAUGCUUGCGAGUGCAUUUGUUUUGCUAUUGUGUCACAAAGUAAAUAAACUCCCUUUGAA